AUGGACCUUCACGAGAACUCGGAAAAGAAUCUUGUAACCGCCACCUUCGAGCUCCCCGGUCUCAAGAAGGAGGACGUCAACAUCGACGUUCACAAUGGUCGCCUCACCGUCUCUGCCGAAAGCAAAGCCGCCUCUGAAUAUGGGGAGCACGGCUACGCUGUUCGAGAGAGGAGGUUUGGCAAGCUCUCGAGGACUCUCCAGCUUCCUGCCGGCUUGAAUGAAAAGGAUAUCAAGGCGACUAUGGACAACGGUAUCCUCACCGUCACCUUCCCCAAGUGCUCGCCGGAAAUGGCGCCCAAGAAGAUUGCCAUUUCGUAA